GGAUGGUGCACAUCAUGCAGAGUGACAGAGUGAUGGUCGGCCUGGACGGGAACUUGUACUUUUCCAAUCUUAAACUGGGAGACAGCAGGAACGACUACAUCUGCAACGCCCAGUAUGCAGCAGCCAGGACUAUUCUCCCAGACACCGCCGUCACCCUCACUGUCACGUCCAGUAAUGAUGUCUCUCAUGUUAGAAGACCCCACUUCUUCCAUCCUACUAGCACCCACAGCCCUGUGCUGGCCCUCAGGGGACACAGCGUCACCCUUGAAUGUAUCCCCGGAGGCCUACCCACUCCGAGGGUGGAAUGGAGAAAGAAGGAUGGUCGCCUGGAUGAAACGAGCAGCAAGCUGGAAAGACACAACCGCUGGCUUCAGUUCGACAACAUCACCCAGGAAGAUGACGGGGAGUACGAGUGCAUCGCCUCCAACAGCCAAGGGUCCAUCUCCAGCUCCUUCAGCGUCACUGUGGAAGCGUCUCCCUACUGGGUGAAGGAGCCUCAGAACCUGCUGUACGCUCCCGGGGAGACUGUGCGACUGGACUGUCAGGCUGAAGGCAUCCCGACCCCCACUGUCGCCUGGAGCAUCAACGGUCAGCCGGUCGCAGAGGUGGAUGAUGACCCCCGUCGGAGCGUGUUCGGCGGUGUGUUUAUACUGAGGGACGUUGAAUUCGCUGACACGGCCGUGUAUCAGUGCGAGGCCAUCAACAAGCACGGCUCCAUCCUGCUGAACACCUACCUCUACGUCAUCGAGCUCCCCCCUCAGAUCCUGUCCUCUGAUGGAGUGGUGGCCAAAGUCACUGAGGGCGGAACCGUCAGUCUGGACUGUGAAUCCUUUGGCUCCCCACGACCCCACGUCACAUGGGAGGGCGAGGACAAGCUUUCUCUGCUGUCGGAGACCCGCGUCUCCCUGCUGACCAAUGGGACGAUCAAGCUGACCGACGUCAGUCACAGUGACAGCGGGGAGUACACCUGCUCGAUCAAACACACCAAUAUCUCCAUCACUGCUUACCUGGAGGUCUACAAUCGAACGCUGAUAGUGACGAGCCCCCAGCACUUGCAUGUGGCCACAGGACACAGCGCUCUGCUGGACUGUCGCUUCUCCAAAGACCCUCGGCUGCCGGAGCCCCAGAUCAUCUGGAGGAAAGAUGGACAGAAACUGCAGGAGUCGUCACCAGAUGACAAGUACACUUUCUUUGAGAACGGCACCUUGAAAGUGACAGACGUUCACUCAAGAGACAGCGCGACUUAUUCCUGUCAGGUCAUCACUGAGCUGGACAACGUGGUUAAGUCUGACUCCAUCACUGUCCUAGCACGGCCGGACCCUCCCAAAGAUCUGACUUUUUCUGAUGUUGAAGACUACAGCCUCACUCUCACCUGGGUCCCAGGACACUCACACAACAGCCCCAUCGAAGAGUUCAUCGUAGAGGCCCACAUUGAGCAUCAGUCAGAGGAAACCAAUGAGGAGUGGGUGGAGUGGAGCAAAGUGUCCGGGUUGGUCAACCACCUGAAGAUGGAACUCAACCCUUACUACAGAUACCGCUUCCGGGUCAUCGCCGUCAACCUAAUCGGCAAAAGCAACCCCAGCCAGCCCUCAGAAGAACACAUCACGCCUCCAGCUGUUCCUUACAGUAACCCCACUCGUGUGCGGAGUGAGUCCAUAGACCCAGACACUCUGGUCAUUACAUGGGAUGAGAUGGACAAGCGCUCGCAUAACGGUCAGGGCUUCAGGUACAAAGUGUCAUGGCAGAAGGUUGGGGAUGGUACAAACUGGAACUCUGAGACUGUAAAGUCUCCACCGUUCUUUGUAAACAACACAGGAACGUACGAACCAUUCGUGAUCAGAGUGCAGGCCGUUAACACUCUUGGAGAAGGACCGGCACCGAAUACUGAGACCGGAUACUCCGGAGAAGACAAGCCUGAGGAAGCGCCCACUGAAGUUGCAACAGUCGUGAUGAACAGCACAGUCAGAGUCAAGUGGAACAAGGCCAAGAACGUGCGAGGUCUGCUCAAGGGAUACAAGCUCUACAUCAAGAGGUUGGGUCCCCGGGAGGUGCGGGGCCGGAGGUCGCUCGGAAAACGGCACCACAAGGAGGAGAGGUUGGAGCGGGGGAAGGAUGACGGGGAGAGAAGGGUGGUGGUGGUCUCCAGCACGAAGACCUCAGAGGAUGUGACAGGGCUGCAGCUGUAUUCCCGAUAUACGGUGUCUAUCACUGCCUUCAACAGCAAAGGCGAGGGACCCCACUCCCCCCCGCACCACUUCAUAACCCCAGAGGGAGUGCCUGGUAAGCCGGCAUCGCUGACGUUCGAGAGCCCAUCAGAGAAAUCACUGAAUCUCUACUGGACCCCUCCACUUGAACCCAACGGCAUACUGACUGGAUAUGUGGUGCAGUAUCAACAGGAUGUGACGGGCAGCGUGUUGCAGAUGGAGCUCAUCAGUGAUCCCAGUGUGACUCACAUAGAGUUGGAUGGUCUGGACCCCAGCACCUACUACAUCUUCAGUGUGAUUGCACGCACCGCCGCUGGAGAUGGACUUCCCAUCACUGAGAAGAGCGCCACCUUGCUCGAUGGAGUUCCUCCAUCCAACAUCACCAUAAAUUCCAGUAACACAGCACUCAACCUGAGCUGGGUGCCCGGAGAGCGAGACAGGAACCACGCCUUCCACAUCCUCUACCUCAGGAAGAUCCCCGGGGGUCAAUGGGAGAUGUCAGAGGUGGUGAACUCCACGCAGGGUUUCUAUUCGCUGACAGGCCUCCAACCAGGAACUUAUUACCACCUUAAGAUAAAUCAAGGAAACUCAACCUACUGGGAGGCAAUGGCACAGACUACAGGACCCGUGCCAACGGCCAUGUCCAGUGGGUUUGCCACCCAAGGUUGGCUGAUAGGACUCAUCAGCGCCAUCGUGCUGCUGGUGCUGAUACUGCUCAUCCUCUGCCUUAUCAAACGCAGCAAGGGCGGCAAAUACGCAGUGAAGGACAAAGAAGACAAGGAGGUGGACUCUGAAGCUCGGCCAAUGAAAGACGAGACCUUUGGAGAGUACAGUACUUUGAGCUCUCUGGGCCACCGUAACAUUCUUGUCCUGCAUUUUACCUGCGGCGGCGCAAAAAUUAUGGAAAAGGAACGAGUGUGA